CAGGAGGCGCACGGCUGGCUGCUCUUCCUCUUCAGUAAAAAAGGAGAGCUCUGGAGGAGUUGGGAUGUCCUGAGUCAGUCCUCCGGGCCCAGAGAGCGGUGUGCUGAUGGGACCUGCUGCGCCACCAUGAGCUUACAAGAUGGCGGCUGCAGCUACGCCAGCAGCGCCAACAUGGCCACCGCCAGUGGCAGCAUGCGGCGGCGCCUGGAGGACCAGGAGUUCUCUCUGCGCGUCUACCCGGGCGCCCUGGCCGAGGGCACCAUCUACUGCCCCGUCAGCGCCCGCAAGAACACCACAGCUGCCGAAGCCAUCGAGUGCCUCAUCGAACGGUUGCGCCUGGAUCGCACCAAAUGCUACGUGUUGGCCGAGGUGAAGGAGUUCGGCGGGGAGGAAUGGAUCCUGAACCCCGGCGACUGCCCCGUUCAGCGGAUGAUGCUGUGGCCGCGGAGCGCCCUGGAGAACCGCAGCGGCCUGUGCAGCGGCGACGACUACCGCUUCCUCCUGCGGGAGAAGAACCUGGACGGAUCUAUUCACUACGGCGGCAGCCUGCAGAUGUGGCUGCGGGUGACUGAGGAGCGUCGGCGCUUGGUGGAACGGGGUUUCCUCCCCCAGCCUGCAGGGAGCGACCCGCCGUCCGACCUCUGCGCUCUCCCGGAGCUAACAGAGCGCACCAUUUUGGAAAGCCUUCGUGCACGUUUCCGCCAGGAGAAGAUCUACACUUACAUUGGGAGUAUUCUUAUUGUGAUUAACCCUUUUCAGUUCCUGCCGAUCUACAAUCCCAAAUACGUCAAAUUGUACGACAACCACACACUGGGGAAGCUGGAGCCCCACAUUUAUGCCGUGGCGGAUGUGGCGUAUCACGCCAUGCUGCAGCGACGGAAGAACCAGUGCAUAGUCAUUUCUGGUGAGAGCGGUUCUGGGAAGACCCAGAGCACCAACUUCCUCAUUCAUCACCUGACCGCACUCAGCCAGAAGGGGUUCGCCAGCGGGGUGGAGCAGAUCAUCCUGGGAGCAGGACCCGUGUUGGAGGCCUUUGGGAACGCUAAGACGGCCCACAACAACAACUCCAGCCGCUUCGGCAAGUUCAUCCAGGUCAACUACCAGGAGAGUGGCACUGUCAGAGGAGCCUAUGUGGAGAAGUACCUGCUAGAGAAAUCCCGACUGGUGUACCAGGAACACAAUGAGAGGAACUACCAUGUUUUCUACUACCUGUUGGCCGGAGCCAGCGAGGAGGAGAGGAAGUCCUUUCACCUGCUGAAACCUGAGGAAUACCACUACCUCAACCAGCAGGACUGCUUCACAGUGGAAGGAGAGGAUCUGAAACAUGACUUUGAGCGUCUGCAGCUGGCGAUGGAGAUGGUCGGCUUCUUACCCACCACACGCAAACAGAUUUUCUCCCUGCUGUCAGCAAUCCUCCACCUGGGAAACAUCCGCUACAAGAAGAAGACCUACAGGGACGACUCCAUCGACAUCUGCAACCCAGAGGUCCUGCCCAUCGUCUCAGAGCUGCUAGAGGUCAAAGAGGAGAUGCUGCUGGAGGCGCUGACGACCAGGAAGACGGUGACUGUGGGAGAGAGGCUCAUCGUACCCUACAAACUCGCUGAGGCGGGCACGGUGAGGGACUCCAUGGCCAAGUCACUGUACAGCGCGCUGUUUGACUGGAUUGUGUUCAGGACCAACCAUGCCCUGCUGAACAACAAGGACCUGGAGGACAAAUCAAAGAUCCUGUCGAUAGGAGUUCUGGACAUCUUUGGGUUUGAGGAUUACGAGAACAACAGCUUUGAACAGUUCUGCAUCAACUUCGCCAACGAGCGACUGCAGCACUACUUCAACCAGCACAUCUUCAAGUUAGAGCAGGAGGAGUACAGGGCCGAGGGCAUCAUCUGGCACAACAUCGAGUACAUCGACAACAGCGGCUGCCUCAACCUCAUCAGCAAGAAACCCACAGCGCUGUUCCACCUGCUGGACGAGGAGUGCAAUUUCCCUCAGGCCUCCAAUCAGACCUUGCUGGACAAGUUCAAGCGACAGCAUGAAGGAAACAGCUACAUCGAGUUCCCGGCUGUCAUGGAGCCCGCCUUCAUCAUCAGACACUACGCUGGUAAAGUCAAGUAUGGAGUCAAGGACUUCAGGGAGAAGAACACUGACCACAUGCGCCCCGACAUCGUGGCCUUGCUCAAGAGCAGCAAGAAGGCCUUCAUCUGCGGCCUGAUGGGAAUCGACCCGGUGGCGACCUUCCGCUGGGCCGUGCUGCGGUCCUACUUCAGAGCCCUGGUGGCUUUCAGGGAGGCCGGCCGCAGACACACCCACAAGAAAACUGGGAACGAUGCAGCAGUUCCCUGUGCAGUCGUCAAAACUGUCGACAGCUUCAGUUUCCUUCAUCACCCGGUUCACCAGAGGAGCCUCGAGAUCCUCCAAAGAUGCAAAGACGAGAAGUACAGUAUCACCAGGAAGAAUCCCCGAACGCCUCUGUCGGAUCUUCAAGGCGCCAACACCCUGAAUGAGAAGGCCAGCUGGGAUGUCUACGGUGUCGGCUGCAACGGUCGCAGCUCCAGGUCCGGUCGUCUGUCCUCGACAGGAAGUCCAGCCCUGGAGGAAGACGGGAUCUUCCUCAACUCGACCAGCAGCAAACUCCUGGAGAGAGCGCAGGGAAUCCUCCUGAGGAACAAAAACAUCAAAAGCAAGCCGAGCCUUCCCAAGCACUUGUUGGACGUGAAGUCUCUGCGUUACCUGAGCAGCGUGACGCUCCACGACCGCAUCACCAAGUCUCUGCUCCACCUGCACAAGAAAAAGAAGCCACCCAGCAUCAGCGCCCAGUUCCAGGCGUCCCUCAACAAGCUGAUGGAGACUCUGGAUCAGUCAGAGCCGUACUUUGUCAAAUGUAUUCGCUCCAACGCAGAGAAGCUGCCGUUGCGUUUCAACGACAGCCUGGUGCUCAGACAGCUCAGAUACACAGGAAUGCUGGAAACCGUCCGGAUCCGACAAUCAGGAUACAGCAUCAAGUACACCUUCCAGGACUUUGUGCGUCACUUUCAUGUGCUGCAGCCUCGAGGCACGAGCCCAACCAAGUCAGGCAUCAGGGAGUUUUUCAGACGGAUCCACCUGCCGCCUGCUGGAUAUCAAGUGGGCAACACGAUGGUGUUCCUGCGGGAGGCGGAGCGUCAGCGUCUGCAGACCCUCCUCCACCAGGAAGUCCUGCGGCGAAUCGUCACGCUGCAGCGCCGCUUCAGGGCCGUCCUGGAGAGGAAGCACUUUGUGGACAUGAGGCGAGCCGCCUUUGUCAUCCAGCGAUGGUGGCGGUGCUGCCUCCUCAGACAGUCCUCUGUGGACCCGGCCGAUGAGGAGGAGGCGGCGGUGUGUCUGCAGGCGGCCUGGAGGAGCUACAUGGAGCGGAGGAGGUUCCUGCAGCAGCGGGACUCGGCCGUCGUCAUCCAGAGGAGCUGGAGGAGCUGGAGGAGCUGCCGGAGACGCAGACAUGAGGCGGCCGCGACGGUUCAGACGGCGUGGAGAGGAUUCAGGGAGAGGAGCCGCUACCGGCGGACGCACAGGACUGUGACGCAGCUCCAGGCGAUGGCCAGAGGACACCUGGCCCGACUCAGGUUCAGGGAGGUGAAGGAGCUGCCUGAAAGACAACAGAGUCCACCUGCAGAGAUGGAUGCAGGAACCAUGGAGGACCUCGCCUCUUCAGGAGAGGAAGCUCCGGUCCAGGAUGUCUCCGUCGAACUGUCCGAAGACUCUAAGCCGCCUCCGUUAGAUUCUGAAGAGACAGAAAGAGAAGAGGACUCGGAGCGAAGCAGGAGCACAGACGAGACGAGCCAUAAGAACCGGUCGAAGCGAGAGAGCAGGCGGAUGAGAGAGCUGGAGCAGGCCCAGUUCAGCUUGGAGCUCCUCAAGGUCCGAACCACCAGCGUCCAAGAAGACCCGGUCCCAGACGGCGGCACCUGUCAGCUGGAAGACCCUCAAGGACGGGUAUCUCCUGCGAGUCACGGUAGUUUUGAACUGCUCAAUGUUGAAGACAUGGAGACCGAAGGCUCGACUGGACCUCAAGAACAACCCCAAGCACCGGACGUCCCACUGAGAGACUCGAACUUCAAUGAGAAGCCUGCGAUGGAGCCAGCGAGCAAGGCGGAGGGUCCAAAGGCGACGUUUUAUAUCGCCUCGGACCAAAGUCCAGUUCAUGAACCAGUCCUGAAAUCCAAAGAGAGACGGGAGUCCACGUCCCGUAGGCCGGUGGUGGUGUUGAUCAGCAUGCAGAAGGAGAGCCCUGUGGAGGAGGGGGAGCUGCUGGCGGCCCGAACCCUAGAAGGAGCUUCUGAAGCAGGAGCAGCAUCACCCGGUUCUCAAAUGACCCCCGUUAUAAGCUCGGAGGCAGCAUCCGAGGUGGAGCAGCCUCAUGGGAUAGCCACCCAGGCGGAGAGUGAUGCAUCCAUGGUGGAUCCGUCUUCCACCGCCCCUGAGUCAAGUCCAGAAUCGGGACUUUGCUCCUCAGAGGUGGACAUCCAGAUCGUCCUGGAGCCAAAGUCCGGCGUCCCCGCUGUCCUCCCCAGUCAGCAGGAGAGGAAGGUGGUCCGGCCCCAGCAGGAGGCUCCCAGUCCGGUCCUGGACACCAAACCGCCGAAGGCUCAGAAGAAGAGCUCCGCCCAGACUGUGAUUGUGAACAUGGUGGAGAAACCUCCCAACACUGUGUUCUCCCCACCCAGACGCAAGCUGCCCUUCUCCAAGUCAGAUAAGGAUUUGGUGAACCAGGAACGAUCUCUGGCCAUGUUCAGAGACGACUCUAAAUCUGCCGGAUCCAGAAACAGAGAGCAGGUGGGCCGCCCCGGCCCCAAAAAGAAAGCACGAAUGUCCCGGACGCGCUCCGACUUCCUCACCCGCUGUAACUCGGAGGGGGCGACCCAGUCUGACGACGACGACGAAUACUACACCCCCGUCCACUCCCACACGCUGCCCCCUCCCUGCCCCCCCAACACCCACCCCGAGGCCGACUGUCACAGCGACUCCGAGAUGCCCUCUCACAAAGACCAGAAGAAGAUCCACAAGACCAUGUCCUCCGGAGACCUGGGCAAGGAGGAGGUCCUCAGGAAAACCUCCAGUCAGGAUGGAAGCAGGAUGAAAGGAAGGAUACGAUUCUGGAGUAAGACGAAGCACAGCGAGAAGAAGCUGUCGAGAGAGAAGCAGGCCAGCAGGAGCGAAACAGCAGAGACACAUGAAGGCCCUUCCUCUCCUCCUCACAUUCCAGAUUUGGAGGCGGCUCCUUCUCCGGGGGUCAGGGACAGUAAGGAGAACAAGGAGCCGUCUCCUAAGAUGAAGAGGCGCCGGAGCGUGAAGAUCAGCAGCAUCGCUCUGGAGCCGGCCCAGUGGCAGAACGACGCCCUGCACAUCCUCAGCUCGGCCCACGACUACCGCAGCAUGAACGACUUCCUCAUGAAGAAGAUCGCUGACCUGGAGUCUGAGGACGGUAAGAAGGACACCAUGGUGGACGUCGUCUUCAAGAAAGCGCUGAGGGAGUUCAGGAUCAACAUCUUCAACUCUUACUCCACCGCCCUGGCCAUGGAUGACGGGAAGAGUAUCCGUUACAAGGAUCUCUACGCGCUGUUCGAGCACAUCCUUGAGAAGACCAUGCGUCUGGAGCAGAGGGACUGGUGCGAAUCGCCGGUGAAGGUUUGGGUCAACACCUUCAAGGUGUUCCUGGACGAGUUUAUGACCGAGUACAAGCCCAUGGAGGGAACGAUCGGCCGGGCUCCUAAACGUGAACGCAAGAAGUCGAGGAAGAAGGAAACUGACAUUGUGGAAGAACACAACGGCCACAUCUUCAAGUCCACUCAGUACAGUAUCCCCACCUACUGCGAGUACUGCUCCUCCCUCAUCUGGAUGAUGGACCGAGCCUGCGUCUGCAAACUGUGUCGCUACGCCUGCCACAGGAAGUGCUGCUCCAAGAUGACCACCAAGUGCAGUAAAAAGUACGAUCCGGAGCUGUCGUCGAGGCAGUUUGGCGUGGAGUUGUCCCGUCUGACCAGCGAGGAGCGAACGGUUCCCCAGCUGGUGGAGAAACUCAUCAACUACAUCGAGAUGCACGGCCUCUACACUGAGGGCAUCUACAGGAAGUCGGGCUCCACCAAUAAGAUCAAAGAGCUCCGUCUGGGGCUGGACACAGAUGUGAGCGUUGUGAACCUGGACGACUACAACAUCCAUGUCAUUGCCAGCGUUCUCAAACAGUGGCUCCGUGACCUGCCCAGCCCUCUCAUGACCUUUGAACUGUACGAGGAGUUCCUCAGGGCCAUGGGUCAGCCAGACAAGCGGGAGGUGAUCCGAGGGGUGUAUUCAGUGAUCGACCAGCUCAGCAGGACUCACCUCAGCACGCUGGAGCGCCUCAUCUUCCAUCUGGUCAGGAUCGCCCUGCAGGAGGACACUAACAGGAUGUCGGCCAACGCCCUCGCCAUCGUGUUCGCUCCCUGCAUCCUCCGCUGCCCCGACACCAUCGACCCGCUGCAGAGCGUCCAAGACAUCAGCAAGACCACAGCGUGUGUGGAGCUGAUCAUCAACGAGCAGAUGAGCAAGUACAAAGCUCGUCUGAAGGACAUCAACAGUCUGGAGUUUGCAGAGAGCAAAGCCAAGAGCAGACUGACUCACAUCAAGAAGUCCAUGAGCAAAGGCCGUGUUCGUCAAAGCAGCACCAACUCAACAUCGCCUCCUCUCAGCCCCAAAGUGGCCCCUGUGGUGGAGAUGGAUGCAGAGAGUGCAGGAGUAGAAGGAGUAGAAGGAGUAGAAGGAGUAGAAGGAGGAGUAGAAGGAGGAGGAGGUGGAGAAGGAGGUGGAGGAGGUGGAGGAGGAAGAGGAGGAGAGGAUGCAGCAGAGGCCGGGCCGAACGAGCAGCAGCAGCAGGCGAUGCAGCAUGAGGAGCGAAUCCUCACCGAGCAGAUCGAGAGUCUGCAGAAAGAAAAGGAGGAGCUGACGUAUGAGAUGUUGAUCUUGGAGCCGCGGACGUCGGACGAUGACACUCCUGAAUCCGAAGCAUCGUUCGGCACGGCGGACAGCUCUGAGAACAUCACCAUGGAGACGGAGGGAGCCACCUCAGACCUCUCUGAUCGCGUAGUUUUUCCCUCCAGGAAGUCGGAGUCAAAGAGCAGACGAGCUUUGCGCCGUCAGCCCGACUCCCAGGACUCGGCGGACUCCGUCUCCACCGUCUCCUCCUACCACCCUUCCUCCUCUCUCUCCUCCAACGCCUCCGGAUCCCCCUCCCCUCACUACCGGUUCCGCUCCUCCUCCUCGGGGCCCCUGCUCACCUCCUGCGGUCUGGGGGCCCCGUUGGCCGAGGCCGAGGGGGGCCACGGCUCGGGCAAGACCCGCCACCGAAUCAGGCUGAGCCGAAGCUCGCCGCGGGAGCCCUCGGGAGGCCACCGGAGGGAGCCGGACUUCAGCUCGGGGCCCCAGCAGCUGGUUCUGUACGGCAGCAACGAGUUCAUGGUGUGAAGCCGAGUGCAGGAGGGCGCUUCCAGAAGAGGAGGAGGGAGAGUGUCGGGGCAGAAGGGGGGAUAAAUGAGGCUGGU